UUGCUAGCACGCUACUUUCCUUGCGGCAAGGCUGUGCGACUGGGAGAAGCGGCUAUGGCGGCAGUGCGCAGUUUGCGGGUCUCCGUGAAGCCCGAGAGCGGCUCGGAUCGCUCGGAGUCCGAUUCCGACUCGGACUCGGACCGGGAUCCACGCGAACCAGAGCCUAUGGAGGUGGAAGAGGGCGAACUGGAGCCGGAGGACAUCCCGAUUCGCCGGUCCAUCAAGGAACUGAUACCGGAUACCAGCAGACGGUAUGAAAACAAAGCCGGGACCUUCAUUACAGGAAUCGAUGUGACUUCAAAGGAGGCCGUGGAGAAAAAAGAGAAGAGGGCAAGGCGCUUCCAUUUCCGAGCCGAGGGCAACCUGGCCCAGAGAAACGUGGUGCUGGACAGAGAAAUGAUGAAGAAAGCAAUCCCCAAACUACGCCUGGAGGCCUUGUAUCUCAGCGGUGUGGAUGAUAUGAGCACUCAGGAUAUUUUUGGGUUUUUCAAGGAGUACCCUCCUGCCCACCUGGAGUGGAUCGACGACACCUCUUGCAAUGUGGUGUGGCUCGAUGAUGUCACUUCCACCCGUGCUCUCAUCAAUAUCAGUCAAAUGCCUGACCCGACAGCCACCACUACACAGACCGCCAGUGCCGAAAAGACCGACCCACCUGCCCAGCAGCACAGAGCACGGAGGGAUCGUGGGUCAGAGGAGGAAGAGGAGGACGAGGAGGAGGACGGAGAGGUAGGUGACGACGACGGAGGUGUGAAAGGAGAGAAGAGUAGUGAAGAAAGCGAAGGAAAGGCCAGCGAGAGUGAAGACGAGGCAGUGAAGAAGCCAGCGCCCGAGAACACUGAGACGGACUCAUUAUCCCAGGCUGAGAGAGAGUCGCUCUUGCGCAAUGACCUUCGACCCACAACCAAGGCCUUCAAGGGCAAGAAUCUCUUCCUGAGGUUUGCCACUCAGGAUGAUAAGAAGGAGCUGGGGGCGGCCAGACGGAGUCGGUACUACAUGAAGUACGGAAAUCCCAACUAUGGUGGCAUGAAAGGCAUACUGAGCAAUUCCUGGAAGCGCCGGUAUCACACACGGAGAAUCCAGCGUGAUGUGCUGAAGACCAAGAAGCCCCUCAUCGGGGACAGCAUGGGUCACACGCCACCGUACACACACAGACACUCUGACCUGGUGAAUCUACCUGAAGAACCGAUAGAGGAAGAGGAGGAGGAGGAGGAAGAAGAGGGAGAGGACAUGGAUGCAGAGGACAGAGUGGUGGAGUACCGGGAGGACCGGGACAGGGACAGGGACAGAGACAGGUUCAGAGAUCGAGAGCGCGAGCGAGGUCAGAGAAGGCUCGGCUCGACAUCUGCCUCCUCGGACUCUGACGAAAUGGACUAUGACCUAGAGCUGAAGAUGAUCUCCACACCCUCGCCUAAGAAGAGCAUGAAGAUGACCAUGUAUGCAGACGAGGUGGAGUCCAACCUCAAGAGCUUAAGAAACUCGACGCGUGGAGAUGCCGGGCACGGCAGCAGUGUGAGGAACCGCAUUGGGGUUGGAGCCGGAAGUGGGACCAAAGGAAUCGGGGAAAAGGUGACAGACGUGAGGCAGCUGCUGGAGGAGAAGCGGCAGGGCCUAGUGCAGCACCGGAGCCAGCAGCCCUACGUACCCUCAAGCGCUAAGACAGACGUGCGGAAGAGGCUGGGAAAGAGACCCUACUCCCCCGAAAGCCGCCGUUCUACCUCGCCGCCCGCACAUCGAGGUCACGCCCCUCGCCGGGAGCCCCUGACAGACGUGCACAGCCGGCUGGGUGUGCCCAGGCACGAGUCCCGCAACCCCCACUCCGAAAUUCCCAAAGACAAGAAGACAGGUGGGCUGUGGAGCAGGCUGGGUUCCCCCCAGAUGGACAAACCUCCCCUGAGGAAACCUGCGAGCCGGGUGGGAGGGGCCAGCAGCUCGGGGGGCGGGGCCGAGGAGGAGGACUCUGAGCUGCAGAAGGUGUGGGGUGCCCUGAUCAAGGAGAAGGAGCAGCAGUCGCAUAAGAUGAAGAAGAGUCGCCUCGACAACCUGCCCUCGCUGCAGAUCGAGAUCAGCCGGGACAGCAGCAACGGCUCGGACAGUGACUCCUGAGAGACCGGGCGAAGAGGGCAGGGGUCAGGCAGGACCGCGGGGAAGGGAGGGGGGGCGGGGGGAGCACGGAACAGCGCGAGAGUGCGAGAGACGGACAGACCAAUCAACAGUACGGGAAGGGGACCAGACUGGCCUUUGGGAAGAAGAUGCUCACCUACUACAGAAAGGAAGGCCUUCUCCAUCUCACCGCUCUCACCCCCCUUCCUCUCUCUUUCCCCUCCACUGACUCUCACAUUCUUUUGUCGACUACUGCUGUUGCGCUCCCCACCCGUAAUGUUUAGAGAAGGCUUAAAAUGAUAUUUCUUUCUCUUCAGAAAGAGAACCAAG